AUGGUUUUAAAGGAUCUUUGCGAAGUCAUUCCUGACCAUGUGGUCCUCACGAAAGAGCACGAGAGAGAUUUAACCGACACAGCUGAUCGUAUAGUUGCCGAGACGCUACAUUCAUAUGAAACCUUCAUUGCAAGUAAUCGUCAAUUUGACUCACGCGUUUGGAAGCAUGUCAAGUCUCGUGAAAAAGUUCACGUCUAUCGUACUCAUUGUUCUCAUUCGAAAAAGCUUGAAAAUUUAAUUGAAAAGCAACCGUGUCGACCAAAAUUGCUAUCGAAUGACACCAUUGAGCAGCAGCAGCGAGAGGCACAGGCAGCCGGACGACCACAUGCUUACACACCCGACGAUGAGGAUGAAGAACCUGAAAAACAUCAAGACACAUCGGGGCGUCAAGUCACUGCAUCUCAGGCACUCUUGUCGCACACGCUCAUCGAGUCUUCGAGUGACUGUGGCUCAUUCUCUGUCUUUCCAACAGAAAGCGUUGUGGGAAAAAUUAAGCCGCCUCGUGUCCCAUUGGUCGCCGCAAUCGGCAUUAUCGACGGCUCAGUGGAAGACGUGGCAUUUGGGGCUCUUGCUCACACAAACGAAACGUGGUUCGAGCGCAAUGCAUACGUCAAGAACGACGGCUUUGACAGUCGCAAAGUUUUGGCGUCGUUCCAAAAACCAAGCAAAGAAGACCCGUUCCGAUUUGUAGGAAUAAAGUGGGCCACAUGUGGUAUUGCUGCCUUUGUGUCUCGACGUGACGUUCUGUUUCUUGAAUCAUCGGGUAUUGCACUGGAUUGGGAUGGUGAACGUGUCUACUAUAAUCUCGCACAUUCAGUCGUGUUGGAUGACUGCCCCACGCUUCCUACUCGGUACCAUGUCGUUCGUCUUAACUUGUCCAUUUGCUACAUCAUGCGUCAGAUCGCCGAUACUCAGAUCGAAGUUUAUGCUCGAGGUUUUGCUGACAUGGGCGGUAACCUUCCUGCUGUUAUUGGUAUGAAUGUAUUCUCGCAAGGGGUAGUUGACGUCGUGGGUAUUGUAGAAGCCUCAUACUUGAAGAAGCUAGCGUGGCAAAUAAGUCACCGUUGUUCAAGUAAAGCGUCAAAAGAUCAAUUAAGCAAUUGUGGCGUCUGCGGUAGAAGCAUUGUAAGAUUCGGUAAUCUACUUUGCAUGGGAGGAGCCUGUGCAAUCUGCAAACAGAUGACUUGCCAGAAAUGUAGCGUGCAGAAAAAACUGCUUUCAAACGACGACAUAUAUGUGGAGAAGAAGCUUACGUUUUGCUUAUCAUGUGUGAUCGAUGCUCGCCAAAUGUCAGCAUGGGAUGUUGCAUUACAGCAACUUGAAAAUAUGUAG